CCCUCCACUUCAUAAAAGCCCCACUUUAUUUAUUCUUACGGACCAAAGUUUUGAGGCCCUCUUUGAAUUUGCUUUAUAGACUAUAGUCUUUCCCUGCAACUUCUCUCUCUGGAAAGCAAGUCCAGAAUCAAUCUUCCAAGUCGGAAUGGCUGGAACGGAAACAAAAGCGGAGGUUAGAGAAGUUGAAGAACAAGCAGAAACCCUCGUGUGUAAGACUUGUGUGUUGAAAGUUUCCAUUCACUGCGAAGGAUGCAAAAGGAAAGUCAAGAAAGUUCUCCAGAGUAUUGAUGGUGUUUGUAGUAUAGACAUUGAUUUGAGGCAGCAUAAAGUCGUGGUAACGGGGAACGUGGACAGCGAAACUUUGAUUAAGAAAUUGAUAAAAACAGGGAAGCAUGCAGAGUUAUGGCCCGAAAAAGCAGAGUCGAAAAAGAAAAAGCAGCCAAAACCAGAGAACAAAGAGAAACAGACCGACCCAAAAAGCAGGGAAGAAAGCAACCAAGGCGGUGAUACCGAAAAAGAGACUGUCAAAGUAGUCGAAGAUGCCGAAGGCGGAAACCCCGGCAAAGAUAGCAAUGAAGGACCACCAACCGGUGAAUCCGGUGUCCAGUUCCAAGAACCGAAGCCGGAGGUGAAGCAACCAGUGAUAUCACCGGGCGGUGACCGGUCGCUGGUGGCCGGGAAAAAAGUUAGCAUCGCCGUGCAAGUUGGCAAUGAAAAUGAAGCAACUCCGGGGAAUGAAAAAAGCGGCUCUGGCAGUGGAGGUAAAAAGAAGAAAAAGAAGGGGCAUGAAGGGAAUAACGCUGGCGAACACUCGGGAGGUGAUGCACCGGCAGGCGCUGGAUCGGCGAACCCAUCACGGGGCCCAGGUCAAGGCCAUGAUCAAGUUCCGGUUCCAUUUCCAAGUCCAGCAAAUCAGAGCCCUCCACGUAAUCCCAUGUACGCUCAAUAUCCUCCACAUUACAAUUCACCCCCGGUGUACACUGUGAGCCAUCACACAGCGUAUCCCAGCAGCAGCUACAGCACGGCGUAUUAUACGGCCCGACAGCCGCAUUCAUACGCGCAGGUGCAUUAUCCGGGGAUGACACGAAUGGAGCCUCCACUGUACGAUUCGGAAGCGGGCACAUCACAGCAGUCUGAUUCAUCAUUCGAGUUCUUUAGCGACGAAAAUCCAAACGCAUGCUCAGUCAUGUGAGAGGCACUGCGCGUGAUGAUUCCAUGGAAGGGCCAAUCUGGAGUUUUCACGAAAGAUCUAGCACAUGCCACAUACACCUCGUAUGGCCGUGGGAAUAUAUUCUUAUAAUGCAUGUAGAUAUCAUAGAGGGGUUUUAAUUUUAAAGUCACAGCGUGCUUUAAGAUAGAGAAAAGUUUUAUUCCAUGAUUGUUUCCAGCAUGAAGGGGAAAAGAGGGAAGACGGGUAAAAUAAAUGGCCGCGGAUCUCUGGGUGUCCAGUUUUUGUCCACUGCUGCUCUAAUUAAUUACCGUAUUAAUUCUGAUGUAGAAAUAUGAUUAUCCUUCACGUA